AUGCACUUCACCACCUUCAUCGCGUCCGUUCUCGCCGGCUCCGCCUCGGCAGCCGUCGUCCGCCAGGCCCAGCCCCCGCCGCCCCCGGCCGACGGUACGCCCUUCAAUCUCAUUGCGCUGAGGUCAGCCAGUGAUAUCCACUUCACCCACUUCGGCGCCACCCACAGCGGCAUCUUCCUGGGCCUCAAGGAGCAGGCCGCCUCCUGCGACAAGGGCCCCGCUACUGAAGCCACCUUUUACCUCGAGGACGGCAACAUGUUCCUCUACGCCGCGUCGGCCACGCCGCAGCAGCUCUACGUCGACACCGUCUUGGGAGGCCGGGUUGCAUACACGACGGGCGCGCAGCCUACGCCUCCCGGAGGGGAGCGCGGACCCUGGAAGCUCGACGAGGCCGGCGAUCUGUCCUUCAACGGCAACGACUUGCUCGCCUGCCCCCAGGGCACCGACGGCGCCUGGGCCGUCUACGCCGGCGAGGGCCAGGGCGAGGGCUGCCUCGGCUUCUCAGCCCGAGCUGCGCCGGUGCAAGAUCCCAACGGCUGCCUCUACUCGUCGAACCGGGCGUGA